AACACGCGACCGAAGUACAAAACAAAGCUGAUCGCAUCGUAAACCUGCAGAAAUGUUUAGCAAAUCGACGGAGAACACGCACGUGUCCCGUCGCAACGGCCGCUCGAAAAUGAGCCUGUUCGGUCGACACAAGCAUCUCCGACUGCCGGAGGAGACGCCGUCCGGCGCCAGCACGCCGGUGUUCUCGUGGAGCCCGCUGCCGCACCGCAGACCGCACCGAUUCACGGAGAAAGAGGUUGGGGAGAGGCAGGCCGGCGAGAAGCUCUAUCCCAACUGCGACGAGAGUGUGUGGCUCAGGUCCUGCGAGACGGAGGUCAAGGAACCACUCGCAGGUGUUGUCACAGGACACAUCCCCAAAUGGCUAAAUGGAUGCUUAAUAAGGAACGGGCCAGGAUCACUGAAAGCAGGAAAAGACGAAUUUGCUCACCUUUUCGAUAGUUCAGCUCUUUUACAUAGAUUUUCAAUCGACAAAGGAGAAAUCACAUAUCAGUGUAGAUUCUUACAAUCAGAUAUAUUCAAAAGAAACUGGCAAGCCAACAGAAUUGUCUUAACAGAAUUUGGGACUAAAGCAGUUCCUGAUCCUUGCCAUUCAAUUUUUCAAAGGGUUGCUGCUAUAUUUCAUCCCAAACAUGAUGUCUCCGAUAAUUCCAUGAUUUCGGUUUAUCCAUUUGGAGACGAGCUCUAUGCCUUCAGUGAAAUACCAAUAAUCCAUAAAAUAAAUAAAGAAACUUUAGAAACCGAAGGUAGAGUAGAUGUUGGGGACUAUGUAUCGAUUGUAAACCACACAUCUCACCCACACGUCACACAAGAUGGUACUGUGUACAACUUGGGACUGUCUAUAACAUCAAGUGGACCUUACCAUAACAUAAUAUGCUUCCCAUCUAAACAUUCCUGCUAUGGCAAAACGAUGUUUGAAAAGGCCCAUAUCGUCGCCUCAGUUCCAGCUCGAUGGCCUCUACAUCCUUCCUACAUGCACACCUUUGGUUUGACCAGAAAUUAUUUUAUAAUAGUGGAACAACCCCUAAACGUAUCCCUAACGUCUCUAGUCACUAACAAAAUAAAGAACGAGCCUUUAGCGUCUUGUCUUCGGUGGUACCAUGACGAAUAUACCAGAAUAGACGUAUUGAACAGAGAAACUGGACGAUUGGAACACAAAUUCUUCGCAGAGCCCUUCUUUUACUUGCACAUCAUAAACCAGUACGAAACCCACGAUUACAUAGUGCUGGACAUAUGUAUAUACAGGGACGCUUCCAUGCUGGACUGCAUGUAUAUUGAAGCCAUGAAGAACAUGCAACAGAACCCGGAUUAUGCGAAGAUGUUCAGAGGCAGGCCGGCAAGGUUUGUUCUGCCCCUGAAGCCGGAACCGAUGGACAAACAUAUCAACAGAAACUUGGUGGAUCUGCAGCACUGCAAGGCCAAGGCUUAUUAUUUGCCCGACGGGGAAAUACUGCUCAAACCUGAAAAACUUUGCGACCUGGGUUGUGAGACACCUAGGAUAUUUUAUGAAAUACAUUUGGGUAAACCCUAUAGAUACUUCUACGCCAUCAGUUCGGAUGUGGACGCUGAAAAUCCUGGCACAUUAAUAAAGGUGGACACGUUUACGAAAACCACGAAGACUUGGUGCGAACCUAACUGUUAUCCAAGUGAACCAGUCUAUGUUCCCUGUCCAAAUCCCAGAUGUGAAGAUGAUGGUGUGGUAUUAGCUUCGUUGGUUUGGGGUCGAGAUGAUGUGAAUCGUGCUGGUCUGUUAAUACUGGAGGCCAAGAAUUUAACGGAAAUCGGCAGGGCAGAAUUCCGUACUCCUGGUCCAGUGCCAAAAUGUUUGCACGGAUGGUUUCUACCCAAAGAAGAUUUGAUCACAUAAUUACUAAUCUAAUUUGAAAGUAUUUAUCUAUAUUUAAGGUCUAAUAUUAUAAUGAUUGUAUUUAUGACUGACUGUAAUAAUGUUCAAAUAAAAAACAAUAAACCAGUGUAAAUUUGCGAGCCCAGUUUUAAAAAAUAUUCGCAAAUUCAGCACUAUUAUACAACACCAUGUUUCGACAUGAAAACUCCAAGUAAAUAAUGAGCAAGUGGAGGGAAAAACUACAAUAAAAGAGCAGAAAAGUUAUUUUUAUAAAAUUUUAAUUAUCAAAUUUACACCUAUUUCUUAGCUUCUCUUUCUGCUUUCCUUUCGGCAGCCCGUUUGAGUUGCUGUUUGGUGUUCAGGUUGUG